AUGGAGAAAAGAAGAAAUCUCAAAGUACCAACAAAUGCAAGAGAAAAAAUCGAACUAGUAGAAAUCAACAAACUCAUCAGAAAAAAGCAACGAGAAGAUCUGAGAAAAUCUCGCACGGCGACUGCCCUUGAAGUCAUCCGACAAGUGAAAGGCGUACGUGAAGAAGACGGCACCCUUACAACAGAUCGUGAACGGGUCGUGUCCAGAGCACAAGAGUUCUACGAAAAGCUGUACUCAUCAACACACCCAGAGCCUCCACCACCACCACCAACAGAACAAAAAACAGCCCCCGAAGAACCUGAGAUACAACAGAGGUUUCACGAAUUCCCUGAUAUCAAAGACUGGGAGGUAAAACUAGCAGUUAAACAAUCCAAAAAAGGAAAGGCACCAGGGCCGGACAACAUCACCAUCGAUCUGAUCGAAGCGCCCGGAGACGUAGUCUAUGACAAACUCGCUACCUAUUCAAUGAGUGCCUCUGACAAAGCACAAUUCCAAGAUGAGUGGAAGAGGCGAUCAAUCGUCUAUUGCACAAGAAAGGAGAUCAAACCAAAACAUUUCAAACAACAGGCCAAUCAGCUUGCUCAACAAUAUCUACAAGCUGUUCACCAAAAUCAUCACAAACAGAAUUACGAGAACCUGAUCGAAAAGUGCGCCGAGUACAGGAUACCGCUAGUCAUCGGGCUUGUUGACUACAACAAGGCUUUCGAUUCUGUGGAGAACCCAGAUGUAAUCGACGCAUUGGAGAAACAGGGAGUCGACCCAGUCUACAUCAACAUCCUCAAACACAUCUACACUAACGCCAAAUCAUUCAUCAGACUCCAUAAAGACUCAAAACCCUUCCACCUGGGCAGAGGAGUAAGACAAGGUGUAUCACCUAUCAGAGUAUCAGAGAGCGCUGGCUUAGAAAAGAGAGCUGAAGUUUAUCCAUUGUACGGCCAGACUUUUGAAUCUAAAAGUGUAAACCCGAAAGGAGGUGGAGUCAAACCUGUGGCACAAUUGAAAGUGUGA